GAUUUAGAUCAUAUUUAGAUAUUUUAUGUCACUUUGUAUUUUGUUCACAUUUUCUUUUGUUUUCUACCAAAUGCCGCGUUCAGACAAGUUAAUGGCAAAUCAAUCUGAAGUGUUUGAAUUUAUUCUCAUUGGAUUCCCCGGACUCCCACAGAGGUUCUAUCAUUUUGCUUCAUUGACAAUGUUCCUGGUCUACACUAUAGCACUGACGGCAAAUGGCACCGUAAUACUUCUGAUUACGUUUAGAGAGCAUUUACACCAUCCUAUGUAUCUCAUCAUCAUGAACCUGUCUCUUUCUGACCUCAUCUUCGACACAAUUACACUGCCCAAAGCCAUAGCCAUGUAUUGGAUUGCAGAUGGGAAGAUAUCCCUUGGGGCAUGCAUGUUCCAGUUAUUUGGUGUCCAUUUUUUGGGAUCUUUUGAUUCUUUCAUUAUCAUGCUAAUGGCUAUUGAUCGUUAUGUUGCCAUUUGCAAACCACUGAGAUAUUCUUCAAUAAUCACUAAUAAAAUGACUGUUUUUCUGUGCUGUCUUUUAUGGCUCAUUGCUGGUAUGUUUGGAUUGGCAACUGUUCUUUUAACUGCAAGACUCUCUUUUUGUAACAGCAAAAUCAACCACUGUUUUUGUAACAAUGCUGUGGUAAUUCUGUUAAGUUGCGUGGACUCACAUUCCACACAUUCCGUGGCUUUCAUUCUGGCUAUGAUUGUGCUUCUGAUACCCCUUUCUUUUAUCAUAUUCUCAUAUGCAAUUAUAAUAAGGACAAUUAGUACUUCAAGAGGCUCUGAAAACUGGCAGAAGGCAUUUUACACCUGUUCAACACACUUGUUUGUCAUUGGCAUGUACUACGUCCCUAGGUUAUUUGUCUACGCAUGUAAUCAGCUCCGCUUGAUUCUUAAUGCUGAUUUAAACAUUUUUCUUCUUUGUCUUUAUACGUUUGUUCCACAUCUGGCCAGCCCAAUUAUAUAUUGUCUGAGGACAAAGGAAAUUAAAAAGACUCUCAAAAACAUUUUCAAUCGUAACCAACAGAUCAAGGCUUCACUUUAG